AUGAUCCAUGGUAGAAAAUGGUUGAGUCUCAUCUCAUUCAAGUGGACAAUCGCCUUCGGGACUGGCAAGCCCCUCUGUUCUUGCGGUGUCCACACAGGACAUCCAUGGAAACCUCGCAAGAAUCAGAAAGUGGUGGCUUUGACACAAAAAAUAUUGCAGCUUUCGCACAGAGGCAACAUUGCGAACGCCAGGAGGAUGUUCGAUCAAAUGCUUGUUCGGGACUCAGUGACCUGGAAUGUAAUGAUCGGCUGUUUUCUUGAAAACGGAAUGAUUCAACAUGCCAGAGAGGUAUUCGAUGAAAUGCCUGAGAAGACUUCGGUUUCGUGGAAUACCAUGAUUAUGGGUUACAUAAACUUGGGGAAAACUCACAUUGCACAGAAGAUUUUUGUUGUAAUGCCUGACAAAGAUGUGGUGAGCUGGACGGCUAUGAUCACCGGACUGUGCCGUGCUUCACAGGUUGAUGACGCAUGGUGCUUAUUUAAGCGAAUGCCGGAUGCCAAUGAGGUUUCUUGGUCUUCCAUCGUGUCGGGAUUUCAGCAAAAUGGGUUUGCAAAGGAAAGCCUGAAAGUAUUCAAAGAAAUGUUGGUGGCCGGAGUUCGGCCGACUGCUCAUGUAUUCACCAGCACGUUGUCAGCUUGCGCCGAUUUAGCAGCUGUCUCAACGAGCGAGCAGAUAUAUUCUCAAGUGCUUAAAAGAGGGUUUCAUGGCAAUAAUCAUGUAGGAAAUUCGGCGAUUUCUAUGUUUGUCAAAUGCGGAUGCUUCCACCAUGCGAAGCGAGCUUUCCGGGAGCUAAAUGAACCUGAUCUUGUGACAUGGAAUGCGAUGAUUGUCGGAUUUGCACAGCAUGGAUUUGGAAUAGAAGCAAUGAUGAUUUUCCAUCAGAUGCAGAAGGCUCAAGUCUUGCCCGACAGCAUAAGUUACAUGGGCGUUUUACAUGGAUGUAGUCAUUGUGGUUACGUGGAGGAUGGAAAGAAGUAUUUUCAGUCCAUGGAAACAGAUCAUGGCAUUUCUCCAGUAGCUGAGCAUUUUGCUGCAAUGGUGGAUCUUUAUGCACGAGCCGGACACCUUAGCGAAGCAUAUGAGUUUAUAUUGAAACAGACCUUUGAGCCAACAGCAGUCUUAUGGAGAUCAUUGCUGAGUGGGUGCAGGAUUUGGGGAGCCACAGAAAUGGGUGUCUUUGCAGCUGAGCAAAUAUUAAGAAUCGAACCUAACAAUUCCAGUGCAUGUCUCAUGAUAAUCGAUAUAUUCUCAAUGGCUGGAAAAUGGAAGGAAGUAGCAAAGAUGAGGCAAUAUAUGAGGGACACUCAGACUAGAAAGGAAUUAGGUCACAGUUGGAUUGAUGUUAAGGGGAGGAAUUACUUAUUCACUACAGGGGAUGACAUUCAUCCAGAGAUGGAUCAGAUUUCAGCAAUGGUUGAUCUGUUAGCCUAUGGCAUGUCUAAGCAGUAUGUAAUGCCUAAGGGGCUUCCCGAUUGAUUGGAAUGUAACACACUAUGGUUGGGAGAGCUAGUUUACAAAUCCACUCGGACAUGAGAUCUAAUUUGAUUCUGGAACUAGAGAAAGGUGGUCUUAAUCAGGUUCACUUCUUCAAAAGGCAGCAAAAAAGGAUGGCCUUAAUCAUUGCAAGACUACUUUAUCUCCUCUCUUCUUUUGACUUCAACCCCACCCACCAGUAAAGAAGAGGUUAAUCCCUGGUGAGUCAGUCCAUAGCCUCUGUCUGGCUUGUUAAUAAUUAUCAGUGCUUGUUUUUCUUGAGCUUUUGAUUUAUAUCCAUACCUUUGGUGUUUUUAUUAAUAUUAGUUUGGUUUGAAUGAAGACUGAUCAGCAUGCCAAUUUGUGGGGAGUUGGGGUUUAGUUAGGCUACUAGAAUCACGGUUAACUUUUGGGGUGCUGAUGAAAGCCCAAGUAACAUGCUUUGUUCCCCUUUUUUGUUAAAUUCAAAACUAGAAUGAUUAAUCCACACCAAACCCUUCCUUUAGGACCAGAUCACACACUCACUAUUUCAUUCAUCCAAGUAAUUCUAACCAUGGAUCUAAUGAAUAAUUUUCUUUUCUUAAUCUCCUUUAAACUACACUUUUUCUGUGUUUCCUUUUACUAAAUCAGUAGCCCUUUUAACAGCACCAACACAGUGAGGAUCUGUAAAAAGACAAUCACCAGUCCAUAAACUUGCUGAAGAUAGGAAGGAUAGGGGUACAAAAGUGAGAAGGUAUGGAUAAAAUUUAAUACUAAAAACUCUACCAUAACAUUAGGGGUAAAGUAAGAGAAAAAGGUAAAAGAAAACUAAUCCCAAUGCUAAGCUAAGCAUAAUAAGUGAAGAAAAAGAUUAAAGAUGAAGUUCUGCAAGGGUGGGCAGACAGACAUAAAUUCCUUAGCGUGUAAAAGCCAGACAAGCAUUACGAAAGUAACUGGCGAGGGAAUGGGUCCCUCUAUCUAGGCAGAGACAUCCUGAUCCUACCCCUACCCCCACAUUAAAGAACAAUAUCAUCUUUUUGCAAGUUUUGAUUUUUAUUAUUUUCUUACAGUUUAAGAAUAAUAUUUAUGUGUGUAAGCAAGUGUUUUGGUUGUUUCUUUUGUGCUUUCUUUUCAUGUCUAAUGUCUGCAACUAAAGAACUGUUUUGGAUUGAGAUUUAGAUGUGAUAUUCACGAAAUUUACAAGGAUAGAGACACACACACACACAAAACACAAACACAUUCACUCACAUGAAUGGGACUUUUCUGUAAAAUCUUGUCGUACGUAGAAUAGAAUUAGAUGUUAUAUAUAUCUUAGCUUGUUUGCUUGAAUGCUUUCGGUGGUGAAGAAGGAAGGCUUUGGGGACAUGGUCGGCUCUGUUGGGCUCCACUUUUUGACUCACUUAAAUCCUUUUUUAUGACUUGUCGGAAUUCACCAACGUUACUUAAUUACACACACACACUAGCUAGUAUAUAAUUUCCUAUCUAUCUAUCUAUCUAUCUACGAAAGAACAGAAUUAGAAGAAAAUGAGUAUGAAUAAGAAGAAGAGGAAGAAGAAGAAGAUUUAAGCUGUUCUUUAAUUCCAUUUGAAAAUUUGCAUAGUUUGUUUUGUGUUUCUCCUUUUCCACCAUGAAGAGAUGAAAUGAAUAUCUUUUUGGUGUCAAUUAAAGCAGGAAACAAUUAUUGGGUUUGAACCCUUUUUUUGUUUUUUCCUCCCCACUUUGUGUUGUGGAAAUUAAGGAGUGAAGUGAGUGGUCAAUUAGACCAAUAGGCAUGCUGUGGCAGUACGGCUGCUGCUGCUGCUAUAUAAACUUUAAAUUGUUCACUUUCUUUCUUGCUUUGAUUCUAAAACUGCGUAACAAUAAUGAUAUUAUUAUUAUUGUUAAUUUAAUUAAUGGAGAA